AUGACACAUUUUUCGGGUGGUCCCAGUUUCAUCUCUACUCUGAUAUGUGUUCUUGGUAUUUUACUACCGUCUAUAGAAUGUCACUGUCCUCACAUGAUGGGAUUAAAAGCGCCUGGUCCGCCGUCCGGUCCAAGUCCUCCUGGCAAAUUUCCGGAUGGAGAUGAGGGAUGGGAUUACGAUGAAACUGCUGCGCCUGGAAUCGUUCCAGAACCUCAUUUCAUUCAGUCUACUUAUAUUUAUAGAUCUCCAAAUGUUCAAGAGAAAACGUUUUCGUCUCGAGUGGUGACUGUUUUGAAAGAUAUCAGGUCCCGAUUGGAAAAGUCAGCAAGAUUAACACUGGAAAAUGAGAAUAUUGAAUGUUCAUCCCCAACCGAUCAUUAUAGAUGUCAAGAGUAUCCAAGCACAGGAACCUGGAACUAUUUGAUCGUAGAAGAUCAACAAAAAGGAGCAGCCACCUAUACAUUCGAUCGGAAGUAUAACGAAAAGAAUGACGGAACAAUCGAAAUGGCUCUUCUUGAUGCCUUCUCCCGUCACUCUCCAUCUUCUCUGAUUGCCUUCGCUUCUCCAGAAGCAGAAAAAGAAGUCGGAUACAUUCGCGCUCUUACAGUACAAGAAAUGGAUUCGUUAAGUGGAAAGAAUCGACAUCGUCAAAUCUCAAUGGAGAAGUUCGGUUCAAAUGAACUCAAUCUUCUAGAACCUGCUCUUCUAGAAGUUCGAACUGGAUCCGGUUUGAAACUGACUUCUGAUUCGUUGAGAAGAAUCGAUUCGUCAAAGGAAUUCGACAAGCUUUUGGAUGAGUACAAGAAUGUUUUCAUUCUAUUUUGGACAAGCAAUCGGAUGGUCAGUCUACACACAUUCAAUCUAUGGUCCCGUGUAGGAGACAAAACUAAAGUUGACGAUGAUACUCUCUUAGCUCAUGUUCCCUGCCACGAAAGUUCCGAAUUCUGUCAAGGAUUGAACGCCGAGGAUUAUCAUACUGUAGUUUCUUAUAAAAACGGCCAAAACACUGGAAAAACGGAAAAUAUUGGCGAUGAGGAGUUUUAUGAGAACUGGAUUGAGCUAUCACUCCUUGGACCUCUUCAAAAACUUCCGAAUGAAUCGAAAUUCACAGAUUUCAAAAAAGGAAUCGUAAAUGGAAAGAAACGGCCAUCAGUGACAAUAGGUGUUUUCCCAUCAGAUCAAGAUACAUCAUUCCAGCAUUUCCAAAUUGCCACUGAAAAAUUAGCUGGAAAAUAUUAUACAGCCUAUUUCAUUAAUGAAAACUCAAAACCUGCAAUCACGACAUAUCGACACUCUGAAAAACAGAAAAGAACUGAUUACUCUGGAAAAUUCGAUCCAGCAUCUUUGAUGGAGUUCAUCACAAAGUCUUCGAUUCCAUCAGUGAUUGACAUCUCUAACGGAUUCACUACCGAUGUUCUAUUCCAUCAGAAGCGUCCUAUUCUAAUCCUCAUUGGUAGAGAUUCUGAACCAUUUUCUAAACUUUCCGCCCGUCAAGAUGCUCGAAAAAAUUAUAUUUUUACAAAAAUUGAUGGAGAAAACAAAAAUAUUCAAAAAACGAAAAAAGCUCUUGGAAUUGAUAAUGACGAACCAGUGAUCGUUUUUUUAAACAAGGAUCGAGUUCAUCUGAUUCCAACUUCCAAGCCUAAAUGUCCAGACCAUCUUCAGAAACUCCUUCAGGUGGUCAGCUCUUCAGAAGCAGAUAAUGUUCUCUCUACAAAAAACCCUCAUCCGCUAAGGUAUCUUCAAGUUGAGAACGUCAAUAAGCAAUUCGGAUUCGAGGAAACCAUCGUCCUACCUGAUCACACUCUAUUCUUGGAUUCAGAUCCAUUCGCACGUCAUCCUCCAAUCUCGGAAUCUGGUGGAACUGGAGGAUGUCCGUUCAUGCAGGGAGGUGGUGCUACGGCGGCAUCUGAUUCUAUUCCCCAUUCUGAGCUUUGA